AUGACUGCAUGCCACUCACUACACGUGUCCGUGGGCAUCCUCGGCAUCUCUGGCGGUUCUCUCCUUCUGUUGGUGAACAACUAUGCCAGCUCACCUGACAAAGACUUCAUCUCCCAUACUGCACUUGGGAUUCUGCUCCUCAUCAUCGCAGCCCUCUUAGCUUAUGCAGGUGUCUGUCGCAGUCUGUCCCACGUCCAGCUGUUUUCGUCCCUGUGUCUUACCGUCUCUGGCCUGUGGUGUGGUUCAGGUCUGGUGUAUGUCCUGGUGGGACAGGAAGUGCUGCCGGCCACAGAGCUGAGAUCGUCUCUGGUUCCCGGUCUGGCAGCGUUUACUGUCGCUCUGCUCAUCAUUGGCAGCGUCGCACUUUUAGUAAAGAAAGCAGUGCUGUCUGUUAUAGCUCUUGGUAUUAGCUUAGCAUGUGCCCAUCAAAUUGCCGGUCUGUCUGCUGCAGGGUUUGGUCAGUCUGCCACUGCUGCCAACUACCUGCUGGUGUGUGGCGUUGGUGUUUACUUUGGUUUUGGGCGUCUGCUCUCCACUAUUACUCACGGUAAAGUGGAGCCUCCAGGAACAGGUCUGAAGGGAAAAGCUGAGCUGAAAACAGAGCAGAACCACGGGUGUAAUGAUGCAGUGGCAGUGGGUGUGGUGAUGAACUUGUUGUCUGCCUCUGUGUUAGCCUGUCCCCUGUUAGGUGUGGUCCCCCAGCUCUCCACUGGACACGUCCCCUGGCUGUGGACAGCUGGAGUCUUCCAGAUUGGCAUGUGUGUCCUCUUUUACAGAGCCAUGGACACACUGGCUGCCACUUUUUAUGGCUUCACAGCUCUUUUAAAAUUUGCAGAGGGUUACUGCGCUCUCUUGUCAUUCUACUCGAUUCAGCCUUUGUCCCCUGUUCCCUUCCCUGUUGUCUUCUCUGUGCUUUUCUUCAUUCUGGCUCUGUUCAGCUGUCAGAAGAGCUUGCUGGAGGGACUGUACCAGUUAUUCUUUGCAGCAUAUUGUAUUGCCAUUGCAGUCCAGCCUCAAGGUUUCCACCAAGGAGGCACUCAGGGUGUACAGGCAGCUAUAUUUGUAGCCUCUGCCAUCAUGCUUUUCAUUACCACAUUUAACAUGGUCUCCGCUACCGUGAUUCCCACAGGGCGAGGCUAUUUCAAGGCUUUAGUAAACAGAAUGCAGGGUCUUACGCUCAGAGUGCAUGAUAAAGAGCUGCACACUCCCCACCUGGGCUACUCCAAAUAUGCAGAUGCAGAGGUGUUAGGCCAUGCGUGCAAUGUGUUGGCUGCUUUUGCUGUCACAGCCACAGUCGGGGACAGAAAUCCUCUGUCUGUGCUGGUUCUGCCCUGGGUGGUGGUGGCUGGCGGGGCACUCCAGCUGCUCUGUGGCUCAGUAGCUUUUGCUCGGGGAAAAACCUUUGAGAGCACAGUUUUCAUUCUCUACGGCGUGAUGUGGACAGUGUGGGGGUUGACUCGAUACGGUGGCCUGUACGGCGAAACCAGAGGUUUUAACGUGGCUGUCGGGAUCAUUAGCUUCAUGCUCUUUAACUUUUUAGUGACAGCUGCGGCACUGUUUCUCAAUGUCGCCUGGUUUGCCUAUGCCUUCACCUUCCAGCUCAUCCUCAUUAGCUUCCUGCUGGACGCAGUGGGUGCGCUGCCCUAUGGUUAUGACAUAGGCGUCACCAUCAUCUUUGGUCUCAUCAGUUUUUAUUGUUUCCUGGGCCACAUUUUCAACGGCACCUUCCAGUCCCCCCAGAUCCCCUUAGGGAAACCUUUAGUCAAGCUGAGUGGUGUUGGGGGAGGCAACAAUAUUUGUCCACAUGUACCGGCACGCAAGGUCUCAUCCGUCCAGCAGAUUGCAGAAAUCAUGAAAAAUGGUGGCAUAUGUGGAAUGCCCACUGACACCGUCUAUGUGCUGGUGGCAGCUUGCAACAGGCCUGAUGCGGUUGUCAAAGCUUUCAAGGUGAAGAAGCAGGCACAGGACCGGCCCAUGUCCAUGUGGAUCUCCUCCAUCAAGCAGCUGGAGCCAGUGCGGCACCUGCUCAGCCCUUUGCUGCUGGACUUCAUGGAGGCGGCGUGGCCCUCCUCCAUCAGCAUGGUUAUACCCAGAGGUCCAUGGAUGGACAUUCUCGGUUUGGAAGAUGCUGCCAAACACAUAGGAACUCCACAAAGCAUUGCUAUCAGAAACCCUGACUGUGCUGUGGCCACCCACCUCAUGCAUCUGGUGGGGCCCAUUGCAGUAACUUCAGCCAACCCCACAGGCGAGGCAGACACAACUCACCACAACCAGGUUUACGCCAAACUGGGAGACAAGGUGGAUGGUGUUCUAUGUGACGGCCCCUCCCCAGAGAACAUUGCAUCUACUGUGGUUGACUGCACUAAGAUUGAAACAGGACAUAUUGGUUUCUUCAGAGUGGGCCUCAUUCCGAAAUCCAAGGUCCUUCAGAUCUUUGAGGAGGUUCAGAGGAGACACAGGCAGGGGCUGACCAAUCCCGCAUUUGAGGACGAGCUACCUCUGCCAGAUACACACCUAAGUUCAGGAGCGCACAACACAUCAGAGUCAGGGAUGGGAAGUGAAAACUCAACACCACCCAGUGCAUCACCUGAACAAAGUCCAGAUCUGAGAAAUGACUCUUUGUGAAAAUGUACACAAAGUCUGUUGCACGGAUGUAUUUUUAAAUUAUUUUUUACAGGACCAUCUUUAUAUUUGUGUGAAAUGUAUAAAUUAUACAUUUUACAUGUUUUACUGCACUUUUCCAUUUUAAAUAAUAUGAAUGCACUGUACACUUAAAUGGUAAAAUUGAAUUAAAAGCAUUAAACUAUUUAUUAUGAUGAUGUUCACAAUCCUAUUUUAAUAUGUAUUUAUUUAAUAAAACGUGCAAAUACUAACAUG